CGUACGUGCGCCCUUCUCUGAGGGUUAAGAGUCCUCUCUCGGCAGCAGGUGGCCGGCGGCAAACCAGACGCGUCUUUCUCUCUCGGCAGCGGGCGGCGGCGGCGGCGACGAGAUAUUGGAGAUUGUUGCUGGUGCCAACGCUUUGAGUUAAGAGAGCUCAAUUUCUUGGAUAAGCAUAUUUCUGUUUUGAAGUUUCAUUCGCGAGCUAUCAUGGAAGUUGAUGAUCAAAACCCUGCAUCAACUUCUGCAGAAUCUCCCGAAACUCUUCCAGAUGGUGAAAAUGUGGUGGACCUUGACAGCCCAUCAGAACCGAUCCAACCUGCAGCUUCAUCAGUUAUUCCACCUCCAAUUGUGCCUGCCAUUGCUCCCAUUCCUCCUCCUCCAGUUAUCCGUCCAUUGGCUCCUCUGCCAAGCCGACCUCCCCUCUUCAGACCCCCUGUAGCACAAAAUGGUGAGUUGAGAACAAGUGACUCAGACUCGGAACAUGAUGAUUUAGCCCCUUCGCGAGCAGCUCCAGGUUCAGCUGCAGAUUAUGAAGUGUCGGAAGAGAGCAGACAGGUGAGGGAGCGUCAGGAAAAGGCGAUGCAGGAAUUUCUUAUGAAGCGUCGUGCUUCUGCUCUAGCAGUGCCUACUAAUGACAUGGCCGUUCGGGCUCGUCUUCGUCGUCUUGGUGAACCCAUAACUCUUUUCGGGGAAAGAGAAAUGGAAAGACGGGACAGGUUGCGGUCAAUAAUGGCGAGAUUGGAUGCUGAAGGGCAAUUAGAGAAGCUGCUGAAAGCUCAUGAGGAAGAGGAGGCUGCAGCUACUGCUGGAACUGAGGAUGCUGAGGAGGAGGUGCUUCAGUAUCCCUUUUAUACUGAGGGGUCCAAAGCUCUCUUGAAUACCAGACUUGAUAUUGCAAAGUAUUCAAUUGUGAGAGCAGCUUCGCGUCUUGAGCGUGCAAAGAGGAAAAGGGAUGACCCAGAUGAAGAUGUGGAAGCAGAAAUGGAUUGGGCACUGAGACAGGCUGGAAGUUUGGUCCUUGACUGCAGUGAGAUAGGAGAUGAUCGACCACUUUCUGGUUGUUCUUUCUCGUCUGAUGGAAAAUUCCUUGCCACUAGUUCAUUAAGUGGAGUUGCAAAAUUGUGGAGCAUGCCUCAAGUAAGGAAGGUUUCCAACUUUAAGGGACACACGGAGCGUGUUACCGAUGUAAUGUUUUCUCCUGUGAAUGAGUGUUUAGCAACUGCCUCUGCUGACCGAACUGCAAGGUUGUGGUCUGCUGAAGGAUCUCUCCUUAGAACAUUCGAGGGUCAUCUGGAUCGCCUUGCCCGAAUUGCCUUCCAUCCAUCUGGGAAGUACUUGGGCACAACUAGCUUUGACAAGACUUGGAGAUUAUGGGACGUGGAAACUGGUGUAGAGUUGCUUCUUCAAGAAGGUCAUAGUAGGAGUGUCUAUGGGAUAGCCUUUCACCAUGAUGGAUCCUUAGUAUCAUCUUGUGGACUUGAUGCACUUGCUCGUAUUUGGGACCUUCGAACUGGCAGAAGUAUUCUUGCGUUGGAGGGCCAUGUCAAGCCAGUUCUUGGAGUCAGCUUUUCACCCAAUGGUUAUCAUUUAGCUACUGGUGGUGAAGAUAACACUUGUAGAAUAUGGGACUUAAGGAAGAAAAAAUCUCUAUACAUAAUACCUGCACACUCGAACCUUGUUUCACAAGUGAAAUAUGAGCCUCAAGAGGGAUACUUCUUGGUAACUGCAUCAUUUGAUAUGACAGCAAAGAUUUGGUCGGCUCGAGAUUUUAAGCCAGUGAAGACACUCUCUGGACACGAAGCAAAAGUUACAUCUUUGGACAUCAUUGCAGACGGGCAGGGUAUCGCAACAGUCUCACACGAUCGGACCAUAAAGCUCUGGUCUGUUAAUAAUAAAGACGAACAGACCAUGGAUGUCGAUUGAGUUUCAUAGCAUCGACGUUUCAAAAACUUUGGAGUCUCAUGUGGGGUGAAGGGGAUGAAAGAGCUUGAAUUGGAUGAACUCCCUUCUUUCCAAUCAUUGUAACAUUGUAUCUCUGAUUGAAUGCCCUAGAUUGAGGCAUUUUAAUCCAUUGAUUCGUCAUGGUAGAGAAGGAAAACGGCCCACGGACCAUACUCGAACUAUGAUUUAUACAUUCUGAAGGCCUGUGCUGGAUAAAGUUGGGGCGUGUCUCAUAGAAUGUUUACUAUUCUAACUAUUCAGAAACGGCUUUGCUUAGAUGACUAGCAACAAGUAAAUGAAGUUUAGUUGUCGUUAGAUUUCCUUUUUGUCA